AUGUUCAAUGAAUAUUUUGUUUCCAUCUUCUCCUCUGACUCGGACGUCGCCUUUGAACAUGGUGAUCGUCUGCAUAACGUAGACUUUGAGAAUAUCACAUUAUCGGAGGAAGAAGUACUAGCUGUGAUAAUGAAUUUAGACCAUAAUAAAGCACAUGGCCCAGAUAAUAUUCCAGCCCGCCUACUGAAAGAGAUAGCCGCGCAGAUUGCACCAUCUCUCUGUUCUCUUUUCAACAAGUCUUUACGUAUUGGCGUUGUGCCUGACGAUUGGAAACUCGCUAACGUGGUCCCUGUUUACAAACACGGAGAAAAAGCGGAGGUAGAAAAUUACCGACCAAUUUCACUACUGUCCCUUAUAUCAAAACCCCUCGAACGUUGUGUAUUUAACAACAUCAAACAUCAUGCUUAUGAUCAGAUAAACCCUUGCCAAAACGGUUUUGUGCCGAAAAAAUCCUGCAUCACCCAACUCAUCGAAGUCCUUGAUCACAUUGGCCGUGACUUAGAUCGUGGUAAACAAAUUGACGUAAUUUAUUUAGACAUGUCAAAGGCCUUUGAUAAAGUGAGCCACGCAAAGCUGUUACAUCGCCUUCGUGAAUUCGGGUUUGGAGGAAGCAUUCUCAAAUGGUUCGGUUCAUAUCUGACCAACCGAUAUCAACAAACGACCGUUCUUGGAGCAACGUCGAGGCCGCUUCCAGUAACAUCAGGAGUGCCGCAGGGGUCCAUCCUCGGUCCAUUAUUGUUCCUUCUAUAUGAGAAUCAUCUCUCCAAUUCCCUGACCAAUUCAAGGAUUGCUAUAUUCGCGGACGAUACCAAGAUCUUCAAGACCAUCAAUUCGAUCUCUGAUGCGUCUGCUCUACAGAAUGAUCUGUCAAACUUCCAAGAAAGCUCAAGCACUAUUAACCUCGAAUUAAAUAACACCAAAUGCAAAGUCUUAAGAGUCACCCGAAAGCACAAUAAAAUUACUUAUCCAUACCAACUUAACGAUACCAUCCUAGAAUGCACGGACUGUGAACGAGAUCUUGGAGUUUUAACAUCUUCUACUCUGACUUGGUCUAAACAA